AUGGUUGAAGACGUCGAAAUAUUAAAGACUGUAGUGUACGAUCGAGAAACUUGUAUGGAGGAUAUGGAAUCAGCGGAUUAUGGUCAACUGCUUGAUUCAUCGGAUGGAACUGACGAUAAAGAAUGCCCAAAUCGGUGUGAGCCAAGCACUUCUGCCAUUUGGACAUCGUCAUACUCUCAAGCGAAGCCAACAGAAUCAACUGAACUUGCACGUGAUUUAAAUAUGGAAAACUCUAAUGAUUUGCCGUUAAAUACUCAGUUAUUUCAGCCAACUCAGUCAAUCGCAGAUAUGGUCAAGGAAACUGUAAAUGCGUUCAUUCGCGAGAGCUAUUUACCAGGAUUUGAAUUCAACGAACAAUAUCAGUUGUAUUAUAGUGCAGAAACGGGUUACUACUAUGAUCAGAAUACCUCAUUGUACUAUUACCCACCUACACGAUGUUAUUACUAUUAUGAUGAAGCAACCGCAUCUUACGUUUAUCAUUCGAGAGUUGCCAGUGAACAGAAAUGGAAACGACGUGCAGCAAAACGACAUGCUAUCCGAGUUUUCGGUGAAUCGUAUACGCUCGGAAUGCCGCAAGAUGAAGUGGAAAUAUUCGACUGUAUUCACGAAAUCAUCGAUGAAAUUAUUGAUAAAGAAAUUGAUCCGGUUGUGCAGUUGGAUAGCGACGAUGACGACGAUGUGAUAGUUCUCGAUUCAGAAUCGGAUGAUGAAAUUCAGCAAAUGAUGCAGAUUGAACGAAUGGAACAUGCACCGUGUAUUCGUUUGGUUGAUUGUGUACAUGCUCACUUGAGCGUUAUAACCAUUACUGGUGGAACGCUGGGUUGUUCACCGAAUUGUGAUAUUCAGUUGCCGUCAUCCGACGCCAAUCUUCCUGAUGAAUGUGUUCGAGUGCACUAUGAAGAAGCGGUUCGUGCAUAUCAAAUGAGUACCGCACAACACGAAUUACCAGUAUUCAUCAACGGUACUCAAUUGGAAGUGAACGAUGAGCGAAUUGUUGAGCAUGGUGAUAUUUGGACAAUUGGUGACCAAGUGUUUGUGGCGCAUUUACAUUAUGUGGAUGUGAACCGGGCUUGUUCAGUGCUGCGUAUGCGCAGUAUGCGCAGCAACAGACUGCUGAAAAUGUUUUGGCGCAGAAGAGUACGAAGAAGCGAUCNGAUGAGUGUGCGGGUUUAUGGAAAUAUCGUCGUAAUUUCCGGUGACAAUACGUGUAGUGGAUGUGAACCGGGCUUGUUCAGUGCGGCGUAUGCGCAGUAUGCGCAGCAACAGACUGCUGAAAAUGUUUCGGUGCAGAAGAGUACGAAGAAGCGAUCGUCAGAAGCAUUGAGAAGACGGAAUUUACGGCUGAUGAAAGCACAAUAUGGACUGCUUGGGGUGAGUUCAAUCGUAGAGUGUCUGGCGUUCUUGAAAACGGAAAACCAUGCUGUGUUUCUGGAUGACCUUGACAAAUCGUUAUCACUGAACAGCGCUUCAAUGCGUUCCAAACGGAAUCAACGUUCCACAUGUGCGUCGUCAUCGUCCUCUUCGAGUGGAGGUGUGCAGAAUGACGGUUCCAUCUAUGCGAAGUGUUCUGCGAAACCGGUGUCCGCUGCCGGUCUCGAUUCAGUAGUAUUACAAAGUGGAGUAACACAAGCGAAGCAACAGCCGUUUGAACAGAAAGCUUUGGAUGUGACGAAUAAAGGUUAUAAAAUGUUGCAAGGAAUGGGAUGGAAGGAAGGCAGUGGAUUGGGUAAAACCCAGAGUGGUAUCAAGGAACCGGUACGUUACAUCUUUCAUCUUUCCUCUCAUUUCAGCUUGUCCAAAAAUGUGCUUCGGAAUUUCGAACUAGUCAUGGAAUUUCCGAAUAUGUCCAAUUUCCGAAACAUUGUGAGUGAAAUGCGGAGUGGACGAGCAGGUUUGGGCUGUAGUGAGGUGCAAGAAAGAGCGAAUCCAUCGAAAGCGAUGAAACCUAUGCGAGCAGUGAAACGGCCGCAACCUCCAGCUGCUGAUAAAAUACGUAUCCUUCAAAUCACCCAACAGCGUUUCAAUCAGGAACCAGUCGUGUGUAUUGACGAUGAUGAAUUUGAUGUCUGA